AGAGAAUACUCCAUGGUAUAGGUCCUCUAACAGAUACCAGAGAUCGUUGUUUUCUUUCGCCACUCAUCGGACGAUUGGCAGCUGGAGCAGCAUAUCAAGGCUCCGAGUCCGACUUGUCCACGGUCAUACUCGUGCUGACCUCUAUCUCCUGGGCUUAAAGAGACGAAUAUCUAGUGGAAUAUUGUAUACUCAACCGCCAGCUUCCACCAAAAAAUGGACGUAGUUGAGAGGGCGAACCUAGAAAGACAAAGACGAUGGGUAAAGGACCAAAAGGUCGGUGAAGGACAAUAUGCCGUUGUUUACCGAGGCCGCGAAGCCGCCACCGGCCGGAAAGUCGCCAUCAAGAAGAUCAAGGUGGGGCAGUUCAAGGACGGACUCGACAUGUCCGCCAUCCGCGAGGUUAAGUUUCUCCGCGAACUAAGCCAUCCGAACGUCAUUGCGUUAUUGGAUGUCUUCUCAGCCAAGACGAAUCUCAAUCUGGUACUCGAGUUCUUGGACUCAGACCUCGAAAUGAUCAUAAAAGGGUGCCCUACGCUUUUUUUGCCGGCGGACAUCAAGAGUUGGAUUGCCAUGACCUUUCGUGGGCUCGAAUUCUGCCACCGAAAUUACAUCCUCCAUCGGGAUCUAAAGCCCAACAAUUUGUUGAUUGCUUCAGACGGUCAACUAAAAAUUGCCGAUUUUGGUCUCGCUCGAGACUUCGCAGACCCGGGCAGUAAGAUGACCUGUCAAGUCAUUACGCGAUGGUACCGCCCACCAGAACUUCUCUUUGGUUGUCGUUAUUACAGUUCAGCUGUCGAUAUAUGGUCUGUUGGCUGCAUAUUUGCAGAGUUAAUGCUUCGCAUCCCUUACAUCGCCGGCGAGAGCGAUAUGGAUCAAAUUAAAAAGACCUUCAUGGCGCUCGGGACGCCUACAGAGCAGGAUUGGCCCGGGCACAAAAAGCUUCCUGACUACGUCCCCGUAGGCAACUUCCAAAGGACGCCACUGCGAGAUGUAUUUACGGCAGCCAGCACGGACACGCUUGACCUGCUCGGAAAAUGUCUCCUCUACGAACCAAGAAGACGCAUUUCCGCCAAAGAGGCACUGAGUCACCCUUAUUUCUUUGCACUUCCGUAUCCGACACAUCCUUCGAAACUACCCAAGAAAGCUCUCCCGGUGGUCAACUCAAAAGCCUUGGAGGAAGUCGAUGGGAAUGUCGACCUUACAGGCCCUGGGCCAGCUGUCAAGGCCAAUCCCCCGAACAAAGGGCUGAAGAGGAAGCUGAGCGAGGACGAGGUGGGAAGAAGCAUAGCACGGAAGUUGGACUUUGGUUCCGUGGGAGAUACAUCGAUGUGAGGUGGUAGGUGUGUUAUUACAGACAGUACACGUUACAGUCCCCGCUAUUUUAUGUCCUCGCUUUCGCGCUAGUUUGUAUCAUAUUACAUAUAUCAUACCACCAUGUUCAUUCUUGUUCGACAGGUUUUGAGACGUUGAAUGUUACACUGCCACUCCACGCCCUGCCCGGGGAUGGUUGCGUUGUUUCCGCGUCUCAAAGCCGACAGACAGAGAGAUGCGGACUUGAGAGUCCAUGCAUGUAGAGUAAACUUCGCCUGCUGUCAAAAGUCACAGAAGUCGUGCCAGGGACAAGUAUGCCAUCAUCCUCGAACAUCUUGGCAACUUCAUACGACUCUUCCGUCAUCGAACCGUUGUGAUCCUGUAUGGUCACUCGAAGUGCAGAUGAGGGAGCAUCUUGAACAUGAGGAUUCAUGGCGUUUCUCAUGAUGGCCAGAGUAUCAACGAUGCCUGCAAUCCAAAGAGCCCCCUCCUCAUCGAUUGAUAUAUUGUCUAGUAUGCGAUCGGUAGAGAUAGUCUCUAUAACCUGAAGCGUAUUGUCGGACUGUCUCCUGAGCGCACUGAACUCUGCUCGAGUAGUACUCGUCACAUAUAUCGUGCCGUUAUGUGCUUGUACUAUCCCGUUGCUUCCGGGGAGGUUCCGGAGAGCAUAGUGG